ACGUGCCGAAACUGUGGUCGCGCAUUAAUAAUGUUAAUAGUCACUUGUUUGUUUUCUCUUUCAGCCGCUUUCAGCAGCUCUUUAAGCAGUCUGCAGUCUGUACGCCAUUUUGCAGUGUGUUUUAAUAUAUUACUGACCGUGAAAUAACGUACAGUUUGUGUUUCAGGAUUUUGUGUUAAUAUUGUGUAUUUUAACUUUGUUAUAUUAUUUAUUAUCUACUAUUGUAAUGAUGGAAUUUGUUAUCGUUUUGAUAUUUUGUGUGGUUCUUGUGAUUGCUGUAAUGGUAAUUGGUUCCGGGAUGGGGAAAGCUACUUCGUCGCAGCGUCAGAUGGACAUCAUUAACGUCGCUCAGAACUUAUAUCUUUUAAUUAGGAAAGGCGACUUGAAGAAAUGUGACGUUACGCAGACGACCGCGUUUCUUCUCAACAUCACAAAGUCAACUGUUCUCAAGUACUACAAGAAAGACAUUGAAGAAGUUUCAACACCAGGAAAAAAGAGGAAAAAAAGGCCACAGGAAGGAAAGUCACUUGACACAGUCGACGAUUUCACAGUAAAUGCAAUCAGGAAUGCAAUUUACAGGAUGUACGCUGAAGGUUUGAAUGUUACAGUCGACACCAUUUUGAAAGAAAUCAGGGAAAGACAAAUAGAUUAUUAUGGUGGAAGAUCAAGUCUUCAUAAAUUGUUAAAGAAGAUGGGAUUUUCAUGGAAAACUGUUGAUGGACGAAAAGCUUUGAUAGAGAAUGAAAACAUAGUAUUGCAGCGAAUAGAUUUCUUGAGAAAGUAUAAAGAAGAAAAAGAAAGAGGUGCCAAUUUCAUAUUUGUUGAUGAAACAUGGAUUUUCCAGAGAGGCAAGGCAUUAAUUUAUUUGAAAAUUUGUUCUGUGGUCCAAUACAAAGUAUUUCAUUUCCAUUUCAUAUAUUUUUCAGGAACUGUAUCAAAGUCAUGGCAGGACAAGAGUCUACAAUCUGCGAAGAGACGUACUGUUGGAGAUGGUAAAAGGUUUAUUGUUGUUAAUGCUGGAGGGCGCACUGGCUUUGUGCCAGGAGCAGGAUUACUUUUUGUUUCAGGUCAGAAGACUGCAGACUACCAUGGCGAGAUGAAUGGGGAAACUUUCUUGAUGUGGUUUGAAGACAUGUUGGUGCAUCUUGAGGAACCCAGUGUCAUCAUAAUGGACAAUGCUUCAUAUCACAGCACCCAGAUGGGCGAGGUGUGUGGAUCACGUGGAGAAGCUAAUUCAAGCAGACUGGGAGAGAGAAGUCCACAUAGACAGCGGCACCAUUCCUCCACUCAUCAUCCACCUCGGCGAGGAUAGUUCAAGUGAAGACAGUGACAGCGAAGAAUUUGAGGUUACGACACAGCAAGUAGAUGGAGACAGUGAAGUACUGGCAGUUCCUCUUGAUGAUUUACCCGGGUGUUCUUAUUGAGGUCUGUAUGUAAUAAACACCUGGGCAACUGUAAGUAUUGGGGUUUGAAACAUUUUUUUUUCUUUUAUGCAUUCCCAUGAAGUAUGUUGAUUACUGGAACUUUAUGUAUUAACUUUAUAUUACACGUAUUAUGAAAUGAAUAUUAAAUUUCAUUUCUGGAUUCGUAUAGGUGUAUGUGAAACAUUUUAUUUUGUUGUGUGUCUUCAUUUUUCAGUGAACUUACUUGGAAAACAAAAAGCCAGUCCCCAUCCAGGGCCACAAAUAAAUAAUGCAUAUAAGUGGUAUAGAAAUUACUGUCAAUUCUUCACCACAAUUUUACUGUUCAUAAAAUUAUGAUUUUGUCUAAUAAGUAUACUCAGGAAAAUGUAUAUAACCAUAUUUUUAUUUGUGGCCUUAACCGGCAAAAUGGUAGGGGUUUAUUAAAUAAAAGAAGAAAAUUCAUUUUUAAAUGUUUUCAUCUGAAUUUGUUAAUUUUAUUAAACCUUCAAUCCUUAGUCUUUUCCAGAUUGCUUAGAUGGACAGCCAUAUGUAUAAUUUACAAUACUUUUUUUUCAGAUGCAGAAAACUGUGUUGAACUGUACUAAAUGAUGAUAUUUAUUGCUUACAUAAAUGUUGUAAAUUUAUAUAUUCUCCUAAAAAUUUACUUUAAAUUAUAUGUUAUUUCUUUAGCUAACAAACUUAUUUUUUAAUAUUUUUACCAUUGGGUAUCAUAAAUAAUGUUAUGAACAUAUGCAUGUAUACUUAGAUCAUAUUCAAAUUACUUUUAUAUAUAUAUAUACAUACAUACACAACAUUGUUUUGACAGCUGGUGAUUGUAAACAAACCAUUUGACAUUUGUCACAUGGCAAUGUUUUUGUUUACAUACGGCGGAAGGAUACAUAGUGACAUUAAAGUAGAUCCGGUGAAAAGCAGGGCUUCAGAAAAGUAGGAGGUUACCGUGGAUGGACUAUAGUAGUUGACACCUGGGCUUUUGUGUGGCUCUGGCAUGCUGUUUGUGACACCUGGGCUUUGUAAUUGAGUUUAUGCUACGCUUUAAUAAUGAAUUACGUUGCCGAGGUUUUCUGGAACAGGCAACAUGAUUCCUGGUUGCAGUUCGGAUGUCCCUCAGCUGUGCUUCAUCUUCCCAGAAGGUCUGAGUGCAUUUCCCAGCCCAGUUUGUUCAUCUGAUUGCUUCGUUCUGCAAUGGCAGCGCACUGCACAGUGUCACAAUUGUGCAAUGGGAAUGCAAAGCAAAGUGGAGUAGAGUGUUGCAUUUUUCGCACGAACAAGGCUUGUGAUUGCAAAACAUUUUUGAGGCUUUUCUCAGUGCUGUUUUAUUUCUCAUCGGACUGUUUUGUAAUGCACUUUCUAAAUGGUUUUAAAUAGCCCUAGUAGCGAAAGACCGGGGUCUUUUUGUUGGCCUACGGACUUCCCUGGUGGGUGAAUGCAGACUGCAGGCAUGUGUCAACCGAGAAAAGUAAGUUAAAUGAGUAUAGGCCAGGUUUCUGGUAUGAUUGGAUGUGAGAAUGUUGACUUUUCUAUUUUAUUAAGUAUAGUGUUUUCGUUACAGGUUGGUAAUCAUGAACCCAAAAUUGUGAGAUUACUUCAAGCAAAUAUAAACCAAACUGAGGAUACUGUUAUUAUUUUUUCUUAUAUUAAGUAUAGUGUUUUCGUUACAGGUUGGUAAUCAUGAACCCAAAAUUGUGAGAUUACUUCAAGCAAAUAUAAACCAAACUGAGGAUACUGUUAUUAUUUUUUCUUAUGUCACUAAUGUGAGAAAAACUAAAGAUUGGAGGAAUAACUCAUGGUUGGUGGAAAAAAGUAAAUAUGUACCGAUACUCUUAAAAUGUUGAUUUAACAUAUAAUCAUACGUCUGUUUCAGUUAUUAAUUUAAUUAUUUUUAUGUAGUUAUUUCUGGGUAGAUUAUCUGGAUGAAUGAACAUAUGUAAGAUUGUAACAUACAUAAUAAUUAAAUUAUAAGAAUUGUAGUUGAUGAUCUGAUCAGUUUUAUUUUUAUUUCAACCACCCAGUUCACCCCCUCCCUUACCCACCCUGUAAAGGGAGUAUGCAUCUCCCUGGUCCCUCAUGUGGCUCUACCGAUAUUACUAAGACAGUUUUUUUUACAGAGGAGCACAUACCCCUGUUUAAGUGUGUCCGAGUCAACAAUUUUAUUUAACUAGCUGCAGUACCUGGCGUUGUCUGGGCUGAACACACGGUGAACGGAACUUUCUUCAAAAUUAGAUGUAGACAGUAAUUGUCUUCUUAAUUUCAAAGACAAAUUUCCAUGGCAAUCGGCUGAACGGUAUACAAGUUGAUGCGCUGCAGCGCCAUCUAG